AUGGCUCGGACCGCCGGGGAUUUCAGAGCCAUCGGCUUGAACUUGGCUGCCGUCGCCUCCGGCAUAUACGCCGUGCACUACAUCUCGACAUACGUGGAACUUCCGCCCCAUCUUGCGGGCGCAGGCCACUGGCAAUUUCUCACCAACAUCUCGUUGCUCCUAUCGCAGAUUGUGUUUGCGUUGGGCGGGGUGGCACACUUUUUCAAGUUGGACUCCUUGUUCCGGUUGAAGAAUAACCUCCAUCCGAUUGCCCUAGCCGUAGAGUGCAUCGUGACAGGCAUCUACUGGCCCUUGCGAAUCAUGUUCAUUCAUAUUCUCGUGAAGGACCCCAACGCCAAGUUCAUCCCGCUUUCUGUAGACUUGUGCUUGCACCUUGUCCCCGUGCUUGGGCUCGCAAUUGACUACUUCUUCUUCAUGCCCAAAUGGACGGUGCUGCCCCGUUUUUCCCUCGGUGCGUGUGUAGUUUUGGCGGGCUUGUACUGGUGGUGGCUCAAAAUAAUCAUUGACUUCGAGAACGGCGGCGAGUACCCGUACAUGUUCUUGAACGUGCCCGAUGAACUGACACGAGUGCUCAUUUUUGGCGUCGUGGCACUUUUGGCAUUUGCGCUGUUCAUGACCUUGAGACUCAUGCACGAUUUACUUAUAUGUGCUGACAUAACCGAGGAUGAAAAGCUGAAGAAAGAGAAGUAG